UCAAAUAGCUUCUCUGUUUCCGAACUCUGAAGAGGAGCGAGCUUCACUGUCUCUGCUUUCAACACUUUCGAUCUUUUUCUCCCCAAACCUUUCUUCUUCUUCUUCUUCUUCUUCUUACUCUCUCUCUAUAAUAACAUACAAUUCAACACACUUCAACCCUCUUUUUUUUCCUUCUUCACACGAAAAAUUGGGGCUAGGGUUUACUGUACAAUAUAAAAAUUAGGUUUUUUUUUCUUUUCAAUAUUGUAUUUCUUUUAAUUCCUUGAUUCAUAUUUCAUAUAAUAAUACAACUCAGGUUUCAGUUUCAGCUGUAAUACUAUUCAUGCAAAUUUUCAUGUUGUAACAUAGUUUCCUCUUCUAAUUUUUUUUUUAUCUUAAUGCAAUUGAAUGUAAAUUAGGUUACUUUAGGGUUAGGGUUUUUCUUAUUUUCUCUUUCUAGAUUUCGAUUUGAAUGAGCAUGGAGAGUUCACGUAGACCUUUCGAUAGAUCGAGAGAGCCAGGGCCUAAGAAGCCUCGAUUGAUGGAAGACCCGAAUCAGAGACCGUUUCCUCAGCGACAAUUGGCUUCAGGGAUUACAACGAUGUCGUCAACGAGGUUCAGAGCAAACGACAGGGACCCAGAAAGCAGUGAAUCCGGCCGAGGCGGUGGCGGUUACCAGCCGCAGCCGCUGCCGCAGCAUCAUGAGCUUGUGAAUCAGUACAAGACAGCUCUUGCUGAGCUCACUUUCAAUUCGAAAAUGAUCAUUAACAAUUUGACUAUAAUUGCAGGCGAGAAUCAAUCGGCUGCGAAGGCGAUUGCCGCCACUGUUUGUGCUAACAUUCUAGAGGUUCCCAACGAUCAAAAGCUGCCAUCUCUUUAUCUCUUAGACAGUAUUGUUAAGAACAUUGGGCGGGAUUAUACAAAGUACUUUGCUGCCAAACUACCCGAGGUAUUCUGCAAGGCAUACAGACAGGUUGAACCUGCUAUCCAUCAAAGUAUGAGACAUCUUUUUGGAACUUGGGAAGGAUUCAUUCCUCCUCAGACCCUUCGGGCUAUUGAGAAGGAACUCGGCUUUACUCCACCAGUAAAUGGUUCAGCUGCCUCAUCUGCUACCAUCAGGAGCAAUUCACAGUCCCCACGUCCUCCUCAUGGCAUCCAUGUGAAUCCCAAGUAUUUAGAGAGGCAACGUCUUCAGCAGUCCAGCAGGAUUAAAGGAGUUGAUGAAAUUACUGGAGCAUGUGCAAACUCCAAUGAGGACCCCGAGAGGCCAGAUAGAACUUUGGGUACAGCACGGCCAUGGUUGGAUCCUAGUGUUAGUACCCCAAGAGAUGCAUUUAAUGAUUCUGUUUUGGAAAAGAGUGUUGGUGUAACCUGUGGGGGCAAUGAAUAUGGUUCUGAUCUUUCACAGAAUUUGGGCUCAGGUAUGGUCAGAGCUGGUGACAAAAGUUGGUUUAAAGCAGGUGGAGUUCCGGGAACCAUAUCUGGCCAAAGAAAUGGUUUCAGUGAGAAGCAUAGUUUUUCGAAUACUGAAGCACCAAAAUAUAAUCAGCCAACACAAAACAUAAAUAGCAUUCGGAGCAGUGUGAUGUCACGUAGCUGGAAAAAUUCUGAGGAAGAGGAGUACAUAUGGGAUGAGAUGAAUUCUAGAUCGACCGGUCUUGGUGCACCAAAUGUCUCUAACAACUUGAGCAAAGAUUCUUGGCCAGCGGAUGAUGAGAAUUUUGAAGUUGAAGAUCCAGUCCAAAUAAGAAACCCCUAUGGGGCAAAUCUUGAUAGAGAAUUGGCCACUCUAGGCAAUGAAAAGAAACGAUUUUCCUCAUUUCAGCGUCAUCCAUCAGUACCGUGGCAACUGCAGGAGCAGCACUCACUUGAAGAGUUGAAUCAAAAGUCAGGUCACUCGGAAGGAUUUAUGUCCACUCUUAGUGGUCUGCAAGUCAAUACAAAUUCUGCUGUCAGGAUGGGGAAUCGGUCUUUCUUGCCAAAUGCAACAACAGGACUGCCAGGAAUUGUGGGACAACAACAACUUCACUCAAUUGGAGUUGAAUCCCCUUCUGGGCAGUCACCCUUGCGACAACAAUCUUCACCACCACCAGUUGGUAACUUGCGAAGACCACAUCAAAAGGAUUUGCCAGGUUCAUUUUCUUCGGCAACUCCUUUUCAGUCAAGGCCUCAGCAGCAGCUUCACCUGUCUCACAGUGAAGUUACCAAGAAACCUCCUCCCCUGUCUAGAGUUGCGCUAGCCAAAGAGACUCUUGAACAGUCAACCACAGGUAAUGUGGAACCUGCUGCUCUAAACGGUGGAACAUUAUCCAGCAUGUCCAAUGCAAGUCGUCUGGAUUCAAGGAAUCUUCCGUCUCAAUUAGGUGUUCGGCCUCCCCGCUCAGUUGGGCCUUCCCCUGCCACAUUAAGUUCCUUGGUGUCUGCAAUUUCAACGCCAUCUUCAUUAGGUCCUUCAAAUAAUAGUUUAUCUGCUUUGCCAAAAGUACCUGAAAGAAAGGCUGGGCAAUUGACAAGGGCAUCAACUCUACCACCGGCUUCCUCUGAUGUCAGUGUUGCCUCUGCUCAGACAACAAGUGCCAGCAGUAAUACCUCAAAUCCGAUUGCAAACCUUCUAAGCUCUUUAGUUGCAAAGGGUUUGAUAUCUGCAGAAAAAGAAUCACAAACUAAGGUGCCAUCUGAGUUCCCAGCUCAGUUGGAAGAUGAAAGAGACAGCAUUACCACCAGUAGCUCUUUGCCUGUUGCUUCAGUGUCUGGUUCUGCAGCUGUUCCAGUACCUUCUGCCACAGAUGAUGUAAAUGAUACUGCAAAAUCCCCAACAUCCUUAUCUGAAACAACCAGCACAGAGAUCAGAAACCUCAUUGGCUUUGAGUUUAAGCCUGAUGUAAUCCGAGAAGUGCAUCCACCUGUCAUUAAAGGAUUAUUUGAUGAUCUCCCUCAUCAUUGUGACAUUUGUGGCCGUAGGCUUAAAUUCCAAGAGCAGUUUAAUAGACACUUGGAGUGGCAUGCCACAAGGGGGGAAAAUGAUCUAAUUAGGGCAUCAAGAGGAUGGUAUCCAAAGUCAAUUGAUUGCAUUGUUAGCAAGGGUGAAUCUUCAUCCACGUCUGAGUUUUCCGGAUCUGUUGAUACAUACAGCAAGGAAACAAGAAGCACUCAAGAGGACUCGAUGGUUCAAGCAGAUGAAAGCCAAUGCUUGUGUGUGUUGUGUGGUGAGGUAUUUGAAGAUUUCUACUGUCAAGAAAGUGGUGAGUGGAUGUUCAAAGGGGCAGUUGACAUGACUAACUCAGAUAGUGAGUUGGGAAAUAGAAAUGCUAGUACUACAAGGGGUCCCAUUAUUCAUGCAAGGUGCUUCUCAGGAAACUCUAUAUCCAGCUUCGUCAAGAUGGAACAAGAUUAAUGCAAGUUAGAACUUCAAAGCUUUGCUGCAUCAAAAAGUUGAGGGAACACAGGUUUACUUUGCAUUUACUGAAUCUUGAUACUAUUUCGAUGCUUAUAUAUCACUCAAAUUGGUUUCUUGAUCUCUCAGACCAAUUUUGCAUGCAUUCUUGCUUUUUGUUUUUUUGUUAGUAUUUAUAUUUGUUUUUCUUGUACUCAAGAAGAAGAAAAGGAAAUUAGUGUUGAAAAAGGUACAUAAA